AUGCAAGCUCUAAAUAUACCUAGAAAAAUUGAAUUUUUCAUCCCUUUUCACUUAGCACAAUGUAAAAUUAAAGCGUUAUUAAAUAAGUUGACGUUAAAAAAAUUUGAUUCUAUCUCAGAUCAAAUUAUUUUCUACGCUAACAACAGAAGAGAUGGAUGUAUGUUAAGGGAAAUAGUUCGUCUUAUAUUUGAAUCUCAUGAUGAAUCGAAUUUCUGUGCAAUAUAUGCUCAGCUUUGCUUUAGGUUGAUGGAAAGAGUCGAUCAUAAAAUAAUUGCCAUCAAAAAAUUCAGGAAUAAGUUUCUUCAAGGCGGUACAUUAUUUAAAAAGUAUCUUCUUGAUCGGUGUGAAAAAGAUUUUAAGAAAGGUUGGAAAGUUAACAUGAUGUCAUAUGAAAAUUAUGAAGCUAUAAAGAUUAGGAAGCAAGGUCUUGGUUUAAUUCGUUUCAUUGGCGAAUUAUUUAAAUUAAAAAUUAUUGCAAAGAAAACUAUGCAUGAAUGUAUUGAGAAAUUAUUAAAAUUGCCUGAGGAAGAAGAAAUGGAAAGUUUAUGUAUAUUAAUGAAUAUAGUAGGAAAACAACUUGAUUAUAUCGAAUCGAACAAUAAUGAACAGAGAAUGGAACCGUACUUUGAACGAAUGAAGGAGUUAUCAACAUCUCCGAAUUUGUCAAACCAAAUAAAAUUUUUGUUGAUGGAUGUCAUAGAUUUACGAGAUAAUGCUUGGAAACCUCGAGAGUCAAGAAGCGAAAUAUUUAAGUUGAAUAGUAAUGUUUAG